AUGGCGAGAAGGGUGCUGUGGGUCGUCCUCCUCAGCCUGCUGGCAUCGUGUGGCGCCGCGCAGGCGGCAGGCAGGGAUGCAAGCAGCUCCAGGGUGAGCAGAAAGCUGGCGGCAGCGGUGGCAACGCCGACCACGCUGUCCGCCUGCCUGACGCAGCUCAACACCGCGACCGCUGCAAACAAGACCUGCUACACAAAACUCAGCAAUGUGACGACCUACUACAUCAGCUGCAACAACAAGCUCAAAACAACAAACGACAUCGCCAACAAAUACACAAAGCUGUACAACGACACGCGUGCCUCAUAUAGCUCGUGUAUCAAGGAAAAGAACCAGUGCAACUCAGAUAAGAUAAGCUGGCGGAACAAAUUCUCCACAGCCAAUGCGUCGCUCAGCAGCACCGCCGUCGGCCUCUCCCAGUGCCGCCUGAGCUCAUCCACGCUUGAGAGCCAGUACCAGCUGGCCAGCGGCGCCCUUCAAGAGUGCAAGGCCAAUGCGACGGCGUUAAAAUCAGCUCUAGGCGGCUGCCAGGCCAGUGAAACAACCCUCAGCGGCAACCUGUCAGCCACGGCCCAGGCGCUGGCUACGUGCCAAGCCAACGCGACGCUACUUGCCCAGGGCUUGUCGGGGCAGCAGCUCAACGCCACAGCGCAGGCUGUGUUGCUGGCGGGCUGUGAGAACAACGCCACCAAACUGGCGCAGGACCUGGGGAGCUGCUCAGCGGACGGAUACGGGCUUGAGGAGCAGCUGACAGAGUGCCGUGGCAGCAUUACAACCAGGAACUCGGAGCUUGUGCAGCUGCAGGAGCAACUGCAGGUGCUGCAGGGCAGGCUGGAUGAAGUCAACGCCAGCCUGGCGACCAGUCAGAGUGAAGUGCACACGUACAAGAAUCUGGCUAACGUGCGGUUCAGCACAAUUGCCAGUCUGAGGGCGCAGCUCAACGAGUCGCAGGCGCAGCACAACAGCACCAAAAAGACGCUUGAGGAAGUGAGGGAGGAGCUGGAGGGCGCGCACAGCCAGAUGGGGACAUUGCAGGGUCAGGUAUGA